AUGGAGGCGGACGACUCGGACCUGGCGGGCCAGUACCUGCAGCAGUUCGAGCUGGACCGGCUGGAGGGCGCCGUGAAGCGCGAGCAGGGCGCGGGCGCCGAGACGCCGCCCCCGCCGCCCCCGCCGCCGCCGCAGCAGCAGCAGCAGCCGCAGCGCCUGCCGUCGAUGCCGCUGCUGCAGCCGUCGCCGCCGCACCACCUGCUGACGCCGCCGGGGGAGGACGCGCACCCGCUGUACGGCGCGGGCCAGCAGCACGCCGGCGUGCUGGUGAAGGCGGUGGCGCAGCACGGCCACGGCGGCGAGCCGGGCCUGGUGGCGCUGCAGCACCCGGGCACGCCGCCCGACACUCCGCCCGUGAGCGCGUCGCCCCCGCACUACGCCGCCGCCGCCGCCGCCGCCGCCGUGGCCGCGGCCGGCGCGCUCGCCGACGACAUGGGCUGGUUCCCGCAGUCGGCCGUGCGCUACCUGGCGCCCGAGCCGCUCGACCUGCGGCCCAACUGCGCCGCCGACAACAUGAUGGAGCCGCAGGGCGCGCCGGUGCUCGCCGCCGCCGGCUGGGCUCCCGGCGCCACCUCCGUCAUCGCGGGCGGCUGCCGCAAGCUGCUGGCCGAGUACGCGCCGCACCACCACCACCACCACCACCACCACCACGGGCACCACCACGGCGAGGAGCAGGUGCCGGUGCGGCCGCUGGGCGCCGGCUCGGUGUCGCCCGUGGCGCACCACCACCACCAGCCGCAGCACCACCACCACCAGCAGCACCACCACGAGCUGGCGCCGCCGCCGCCGCCGCAGCCGCAGUACGCCGCCUCGACCGCCUCCUCCACCGAGGACAUCCUCAACGACGACGCGCUCAUGUCGCUGUCGGUGCGCGAGCUCAACAAGAAGCUGCACGGCUACCCGCGCGAGGAGGUGGUGCGCCUCAAGCAGAAGCGGCGCACGCUGAAGAACCGCGGCUACGCGCAGAACUGCCGCAGCAAGCGGCUGCAGCAGCGCCAGGAGCUCGAGGUGACCAACCGCACGCUGGUGGCCGAGCUGCAGCGCCUCAAGGUGGAGCUGGCGCGCGUCACGCAAGAGCGAGACCUGUACAAGCAGCGCCUCGAGCAGCAGCUGCGCCACGCCGCCCCCGCGCCGCCCCCGUUAUCAGGUGCCUUUACUGUUCAUGUUAAACCAGCUGCUGCCCUGGCUUCGAGGAUGGCAUCUCAGGAUUUGGCUGCGAGAAGAAAAACAAAAUUAGCAUACUGA